AUGAAGGGAUCAUCUAGUACAAAGUUAUCCAUUGGGUAUUUUCAUGAGGAUAGAGGCGACGAUUUUGAUGAAUCUUCCAAUGAGUUGAGGAUGCUGGAUGACAAAAUUCUGAUGUUCCAUAAUCUGAGAAAUCUCAAAUCGAUGGUGAUAUGUGGUUGCAGGAAUCUAAGUUAUAUUUCGUUCAAAGGUUUCAGUUAUCUAGUCUCUUUAACGAGCUUGGAAAUAAGAGGCUGUGAAAAACUUUUGUCCUCAAAUGAGAUGCCGGAGCAUGCCCAUGAAGACAUGCCAACUGCAAAUUGCAGCGGAUUCCCCUCUCUUAAAAGUCUCCGUAUUGUGUCAUGUGGAAUAGCAGGGAAGUGGCUAUCUCUGAUGCUGCAACAUGCACCAUGUCUAGAGAAAUUGUAUUUAUACUCCGGAGACGAAGAAAACAGUGUGUCAAAUCUUAGCUCAACCAGAGAAGGCACAUCAUCAGGAAAUCCAAAUGGUGGGUUAGCUCGAGACGGACCCUCGCACAUUCCAUUGAAUCUCUUCUCCCCUCUAAAGAAGAUAACUAUUGAGAGGUGCCCUCGUCUAACAUUUGACUGGGGCAAGGAAGGCGUCUCGGGAUUUACCUCCCUUGAGAAGCUACUCAUUCUGGACCGCCCCGACCUGCUCUCGUCAUUGGUGCAUACAAACGGAAGAUGGCUCCUCCCGGCAUCACUUCAGAAACUUACAAUCAGUGAUUAUUCCCAAGAAGCACUGCAACCCUGCUUUCCUAGCGAUAUCACCAGCCUUAAAAGGUUAAGGGUAUAUAGAAGCCCAGACUUGCAAUCUCUACAGCUGCACUCAUGCACUGCACGCGAAGAAUUGAGCAUUUGGAGCUGUGGAUCGCUCACAGUCACUGCACUAGAGGGCUUGCAACCCCUUGGCAGCCACAGGCAUUUGGAUGUAUCAGACUGCAUUGGCUUGCCACCAUUUUCGGAGAGCCUUUCAAGGCUGUGCCCUCGGCUGGAAAUGCUUGAGAUGAAUGGCCCAUCUGUCCUUACCACGUCAUUCUGCAAGCACCUCACCUCCCUGAAGCGCCUACAACUUUAUAGUUUGGAGAAAUUGACGAGACUAACAGAUGAGCAAGAGCGAGCACUUGUGCUCCUCAAGUCCCUGGAAAGGCUCACCUUUUUUUGGUGUAAAGAGCUCGUAGAUCUUCCCUCGAGGCUGCGCAACCUCUCAUCCCUCAAGAGUUUGGAGAUACACUUCUGUAAGGAGAUCUCAAGGCUGCCGGAAGCAGGCCUCCCACAUUCGCUGGAGGAACUGGAAAUCAGAUUUUGCAGCAAGAAGCUAGAAGAUGAAUGCAGGCGGCUAGCAACAUGUGAAGGCAAGCUAAAAGUCAAAAUUGAUUGGAGACGUGUGAACUAA